CCCGUGAUGUUAGGGGAGUGCUCGAGUAGCAGUGGGAUGACCACAGUGCCUUCCUCGAUUCGGGUUUUAAAACACUUAUUCCGCGGUUGUAGUCAGUUCAGGUCCGUUGUCGUCUACCGACAUGGGUUCGAGGGCUGUCGGUGGAUGUAUCCUUCCGCCCGGACGUUAAAAUCAACGGGAUGAAGCCUCUCGCCGGACCUAAAGGGAUGCCGUUCAGUUAGCCUCUCCCGGGUACAUUCGUGUGCCACACAAGCUAGCUGGCUAGUUAGUACGUUGUGGAAAGUUAAUUACAAACGGGGACUUAUGGCGCGGUUAGUGUUGGAGCAACUGUCAGACUUCGGGGACUACGCUGGCAGGAAAGAGCUAACCGAAAUACUUGAACUGACUAAUAACAGUCUGACAGACGUCCGUCUGAGCCCAGAUGGUCGUCACAUCCAUGUCAUCCUCCGCAAGCCUAAAGCUGGUCUUGUGACUUUUGACAAGUAUGAAAGAACCCAGCCGGUCCAGAACCAGAGGAAGCUGGAUUUGUGGCUGGCACGGACCGUGCCCAUUGUGGAUAUUGUAUAUUUGGACCAUAAUAAUAGUAGCAGCAGCAGCAGAUAUCAAGCAGCCGUGGCAGUGGUCUAUGAGAAUGGAAAAGCUGAGUUUUGGAAAUUCCAGGAGUGCACAGCUGGCUGGCAUCUCCUGCAAACAUCAGACUUGUGCAACAGUCCCCGGGCCAGAGUGGUUUCUGUCUGUGCUGGCUCCAAUCUCAUCAUCUGGUGUGAGGAGAGGCCGGCCUCAGAAAGCUCCCCUGCCCACAGCUCUACGAGGAAUAAGUUGAGAUACUGUGUUUGCAGACGUGACUUUGAAGUGGAGGAGGCGGCUGUCAGCUUGGGAGGAGUAAAAAUAGCCCUCCACAACAAUCCUAAAUUCACUGUGGUCAGCUCAGGUGAAUAUGUGCAUCUUCUUCCUGACUUGAAAGUGAAGCCACUGUUGAGCAUAUCCAAAUUUUUCCUUUCCUGGUCCCCUGGCCACGACUCCUUCAGGAUCAGCACCACAUGUAAAAACACUCCCCUAAAAAGGCUUUCCGCUAAGGAGUCUGACUUUAAGAGGUUGGUGACAGACUCUUUAGGAUACUUAUCGACUCUUGAUCCACCCGAGAUCUACGACUUUUCCCCCACAGCAUGUGGAGGCCUGCUACUGCUCCUCAGCACAGGCUGGCUGUGUCUCCUGCAGAAAGAUGGGACGCUGCGGCAGGUAUACAAACAGGCAGACAAAUGCUUGGUAAAAUAUGGUACUCACACUAGCCUCUGCAUGUACCAGGACACUCUGGCGCUGCUGGUAGGUCAAAACCUGCAUCUCAUAGACGUGAACUGUGGCAGGGAGCUGGAAAAGAUUGUGCUGAAGAGAGAGGGGUUAUUAUAUGCAAACCCAGCUGAAAGACGGACACCUCACCUGCUCUCAGAAACUGGACUUUUUGUGGUAGUGAACAGGGAGACAGACUCCAGAGAGUGCAACUCUAGGAUGAAGCCCUCUAGUUUCAGUACAGCGGAGGGUAUUCAUCCUGGAGCCCUCUUAGUAGAGGCUGUCUUUGAGGAGGCCUGUAAAUACUACCAGCAGAGGAGCCUGAGCAGCACCCAGCUCACUGUGGACACACUCAAGAAAGGAGGUAGGUUCCAGGCUCCCAUCUCCUUAGCCGCCAUCCUCAGGGACUAUUUCAGUGCUGGGUCGAGGCAGAAGGGAGCAGAGCUGUCCCAGAAUGGAGGAGGUGGAUGUAUGGCAGGGCAAGACAAGCUAAUGGGCUCUCUGGAGGCCGAGCUGAAGGCUCUGGCCUCUCUAGAGGAGGUGAAGGGGAGUUUAGUGAGGGGAAGUGUUAAAGAGGUGGAGGCAGUGUGUGAGAGUCUGGUUGAGAAAGAAGUAGCCAGACUGCUGUCAUCCUCAGAGCUGGAUAAAGAGGCUCUGCUUUACCUCAACUCCAUUUUCAGUAUCUUCCCCUGCCAGGCGUGGAGGGCGGCGCAGGCGGCCCUCCAACUACACUACAACGGGGAGGGCUCCCUGUCCAGCAGGGCUCACCCAGAUGUGUGGAAAACUGUCCUCAGUCCUGCUUCAGCCUCCAGCAACCCAGCCUCCCCCCGGUUUACAAAUGGCGGGCCGAAACACAAUCACAGCCUCAAAAGUGAUCACAGUGCCAACUGUAAAGCCAAAUCUCCAAGCUCCACUUCCCCAACUGCUCUGCCUGUGUUUGAACUCCUCUGCCACUCAGUUUUCCACUUCCAGCCCCACUGGCUGCCCAGGUUCCUUGAGCUCGCCCAGCAGCAGCAAGGCUCAGUCGGUCUGGGACUGAGUCUGGCCUCCUCCUCCUGGAGCUUCUCAGGUGGGAGAGGAGGGGAGGGAGGGGAGAACAAUGUGCCGCUGUACAAACGAGCUCUUUGGAUCUUGUCCAGCCUGAGCCCAGACAGAGACCUACACCAGGACUUGGAGGUUGAGCUGCUGCUGGUCAGUGGGCGGCCUAACGCCAUCCUGCAGGCGAUGAGGGUCCUCAUGGCCAAGCAGGAGUGGGAGCGGGUCACCCAGGUGGCCCAGAAGUUUUGCAAACAGAGUCCGCUGCUCAAUAAGGAGAUUUUCACUACCCUGCUGUGUGAGGUGGCCCACCACAGAGAUCUGGACCCAUACCUGGACCUGUUGUGGACUCUGUGCCCUGAGGACCUCACUGUCACCACCAUACUCAACUUGGUGCUGAAAAGCCUCCCCUCCCCUAACAGCCCCUCCUCCUCCUCCUCCCUCUCCAGUACAACCUCCUCAUCCCCUGCUCCCUUUGCAGACUCCCAGAGCAGCCAGUUGACCAUCGGGCUGUUGAAACCUCUGCUGAGAAAAGUCCUUCAGCGAGAGACCAAGCCCAGCCAGCGCUAUGCUGACAUCCUCCAGUCCCCGUUGUUCCCCCCUCCAGCACCUCCUCGUCAGCCUGCAGUCCAGCCCGGGACUGUCACAGAUCCCAAUACAGGCUCUGCUCUUGGCAGCAACAUCUCCCAAGCUCUUCUUGCAGAAACACCUGAACAGCAGUCGUCCACACACUCAACUGUGCAAAGGGCCAGGGUGGCACUACCUGCUAACCCAUUCUGAUUCACAUAAAAAUGAACAAGCAAACUCAAAAAACGGAGAAACAAAAAAACCUGUCUCCUCAAAACAUUCCACACAUAAUCUGACCAAACUGUGAAGCAGUGUGUGUUGCCAAUCAGAUUAAAACAGAAUAACAUGAGUAUGUUACAGGUAUCUUCAGUGUCAUGCAGUUAUUUGAUAAUGUUUUUAAACAGAUUGGUAAUUUCAGAUGAAGUAUGACAACUAGAAAGUAUGAAAUGAGUACUGACAAUCUGACCGGUGUAAAUACUGCAAUUCAUUUUAAGUUUUAAUGUGUAUAUACUGUAUCUGCAAAGUUAUUUAUCUCUCAAGCCUUAACUGCAUGUGGAUGAGAAAGUUAUUGCAUAGACUUGCAUUGAAUAAUCUUAGCCUUUAUCAAUAUAUCAAUAAAUAAUAUAUUAAGUUAAGUGUUUAACUGCCCCAUCAAAAACAAAAACCACUAAUUCCCCUUCUUGUGUGUGUAUCUGUGUGUAGAAUAUUUGCUGUCUAAAGCAGCUGAUGUCUGCUAAUUGUAGCCAAGUAUAGCUACCUUUCACUUGCUGAUGUCAAAGUGUGUUCCUGCAGCGGGUGAUCUACUGAGUUUUAUCCAGACAAGCUGGCCUUUGUGUUUGAAUGUUUGCUUUAAGUGAGGUUUGGUAGAGAAGAGGAAGGGGGUCCAAGGUUUCUUUACUUACUUCUAGUAUUAUAGUUGUAACAUUAUGAGUGCUUAAACAUCCUGGUUUUGAUGGGCUCAACCGGACCAUGUAACUUUUGUGAACAAAUCUCCAAACAGUCUGCCUGUCCAGCUGCUGCCUCUCUCUAUAUAUUUUUUUUACAUUCCUGUCGUUCAUUUUGCCCUCUAGACUCCAUCUUGUCCUCCCUGCUCCCUCGCAGUCCACCUCAUAGGACAUUCCAGACAGAAUAGCCAGUAAAACUGACUCACAGUUCUACUUUAAAUUAAAUUUUUGGGAUAAUUCGGUUAGGAUUCUGGUGUGGGUUGGGCACGUUGUGACUAACACAGGCGCCUUUGCUGCUUGUAUAAGGUAAUGUACUGUACGUCUUCUCUCAUGAAACCAGUGAGGGUAAUGUUAUUAGAGACGUCAGGCCUUCCGUCUUGCCCCUGCUAUCUUUCUCCAUGCUCUGAAACUGAAUGCACUUUUAAAUCACCCCAGUCAGUAUUGUUUGUACCAGGCUUUUAAUGCGUCUCUUGAAAUGAAUGUUUUCUGAGUAAGUGCUGUAAACACAAGUAUAAUUAAGUGCCUACUGUCUUCGAUGCCUUUGUUAGUGCUUUCUUUUUGAGCAGGCUACGUGGCUUGUUUUGUCACAGAAAGUGCUUUUUGUACGUAAAUGUGGAGCCCUCCGAAACAAAAUGAUAUUUAUUUUGUAACAAUCAUUGGAAGACUACUGAAAUGACAACCCUAGGCUCUACAUGGGUGAGGUACCGACAGAGAAACUCCCGUGACAUCUCUAAAGCGUUGAGUGACGAUAAGGCUCCAAAAUGCUGCAGAAAAAUCAGAGUGCCUUUCACCGUGCUGCUCUUCAUUUACAGGGUUGUGUCACAUUUCUGCUCCGUCUCCUCAGCUUCAGUGAUGUUCUAGAGAAAGAACUGGAGGUAGAUCAGAGGAUCUGUUCUCUGUAUUUGUAGGGUACAGUGUUUUGUUUUGUUUUACUGUAAUUAGCUCUCUAUGAGGAACAGCUCUUGGUUUCUACAGUCAAACGCUGUAUUUAUCUCAUUUCAAUAUGAAGCCUGCUGAUAUCUUGCUCUGGACUGAUUGGUGUAUUAAUAGUGUGAUUCCAAGCUCUGUACGCUUGAGCAAGCAUGACAAAAUCUGUGCAACUGAUUUCAGUUCAGUGCCACGAGUUUCACCGUGUACCAGACAUGUUUCAGUCCAUCUGAGAGUAACUGGGAACUCCCUGACUUCCCCAGACAGGCCACUCAGGCCAUUGUUAUGACUGUUCAGAUGGUAAAUAUUGAUUGUCUGAAAAACUUUGCUUCUGGUUUCUGUCAACAAAUAGGAUUUGCCUCCUGGAUUUGCCUGGAAAAGUUACACAUCUAUAUUGGUACGUUAAUAUUUUGCUGAUCCUAUGUUUGAAGUAAGACACAAUGUAUACAAAUAUUUAUGAACGGAUGCUGAAUGCUAUUAAACUGAAG